GGCUCACCUCAUCCCCUCCUCCUCCUCCUCCCCCUCCCCUCCACGCGCUCACUGCACCCCGCGCUCCUCCGUGUCACUCUGCACGGUGCGCACGGAUGACGCUCGGUGGCCGAACAUCGAAGAGGUCUUUAACAAUUUAAUAUUUUCUUUUGGUGAAUGUAAUUUUUUGUUACUUUUUUGUUUAAUUCUUCAGCCUAAGCUGUGCAAGGCGUGUGUGGUGUGUGUGUGUGUGGUGUGUGACCGGUCGCUCCUCCCUGAGUGGCUGCAACGCGCCUUGGAUUCGAGUCUCCGAGUGGCUGGAGGAGGAGGAGGAGGGAGGGUUGAGGGCGGACAGCCAUGGGUUAUUGCUGCUCUCGGUUAUACCCGGCGAGGAAGAGUCGGAUGUCUCCGUAAGAAGAAGAAAAAGAAAGCAACAAAAAAGUGAGACGGAGACGAGGAGGAGACGGAGGAGGAGGAGGAACUGUAACUGGAGGAGGACGGGAGACGCCACUGUUGCCAUGCGUCUCGCCAGAGCGAUGGGGACUCUGGCAGUCGUCUUCGCCUUUGGCUGCGCGUGGGUGGGAUGCCGCGGGGACUCCAUCAUACACAUCGGGGCCAUCUUCGAGGAGUCGGCGCUCAAGGACCAGGAGGCGUUCAGCCUGGCCGUGGCCGACAUCAACGCCAACGAGGAGAUCCUGCAGAGCGAGCAGAUCACCUACUCGAUCCGCACCGUGGAGGGAGACAACCCCUUCCAGGCCCUGCAGGAAGCGUGCGAGCUGAUGGAGCAGGGCAUCCUGGCGCUCGUGAGCUCCACGGGCUGCGCCACGGCCUCCUCGCUGCAGUCGCUGAGCGACGCCAUGCACAUCCCGCACCUCUUCGUGGAACGGGGGGGCCCCGCGGCCUCCCCCUCGUCGGCAGGGGGGGCGGCCGGCACGGGGGGCUCUCCCCGCAGCGGCUGCGAGCUGCCCCCGCACCCCCCGCCGCUGCCGCCGCAGACGACGACCGACCCCGGGGCGCCGGGCGUGGAGGAGCCGCAGGGCUACACGCUGACAGCGCGGCCGCCCGCCGUGCUGGGCCACGUGCUGACGCGCGUGCUCGCCGACUUCGCCUGGCGCAAGUUCAUCCUCUUCUACCAGGCUGGAUACGACAUCCGCGGCGUACGCGGGUUCCUGGCGCGCGCCGCCCGCCAGGGAGCCGAGGUGUCGCUGCAGCAGGUGGACGGGAACGUGGGCCGCAUGAUCGCCUCGCUCUUCCGCUCGCUCAAGUACGAGGAGCUGAACCGCUACCGCGACUCGCUCCGCAGGGCCGUGCUGCUGCUCAACCCGCGCCUGGCACGCACCUUCAUCGCCGAGGCGGCCGACUCGAAUCUGGUCGCGGCGGACAGCCACUGGAUUUAUGUGAACGAGGAGGUGAGCCUGGUGGAGGUGCAGGAGCUGGCGCGCGUCUCCGUCGGCCGCCUCACCGUGCUGCGCCAGGUGUUCCCCGCACCGCGCGACCCGGCGCACAGGUGCGAGCGCGACGGGCACCACGUCUCGCCGGCGCUCUGCGACCCCCAGGACCCCGCCUACAUGACCCCUGAGGUGAGCAGCCUGUACAUCUACGACAGCGUGGUGCUGCUGACCACCGCCUUCCACCAGAAGCUGGAGGACCGCAAGUGGCACAGCAUGGCCAGCCUGAGCUGCCUCAAGCGCUGGACCAAGCCCUGGAACGGCGGACACUCCAUGCUGGACGUCAUCCGCCAGGGGCGCGUGUGGGGGCUGACGGGAGAGCUCCAGUUUAAUGAGCUCGGCGUGAACCCCAACGUGCAGUUCGAGGUCCUGGGCACCAGCUACGCCGACGGCGGCCAGGAGAAAACCGUGCGCCGGCUCGCGCUUUGGGACCCAAAGAACGGACUCAACGGAACCUUGAGAGACCGGCUCCUGGAGAACAACCUCAAGGGAGUCACCCUCAGAGUGGUUACAGUACUGCAGGACCCGCCGUUCGUGAUGAUGUCGGACAACGUCCUGGGGCAGCCCAAGCGCUUCGUUGGCUUCGCCGUCGACGUGCUGGAGGAGCUGUCGCGUCACCUGGGCUUCACCUACGACGUCUACCAGGCGCCCGACAACAGCUACGGCCGCCCGGGGCCUGGCGGCUCCUGGAGUGGCCUGUUCGGGGAGAUCCUGAACAAGCGCGCGGACGUGGGCAUCGGCGCCGUCACCAUCACGCCGGAGCGCGAGAGCGUCGUGGACUUCACCAAGCGCUUCAUGGACCGCGGCGUGGCCAUCAUGCUCCGCGAGCAGCACCACCACCAGCGGCACGGCGACCUCUUCUCGUGCCUCGCCCCCUUCGCGCCCACCGUGUGGGCCGGCCUGGCCGCCUGCGUUCCCAUCGUCGCCCUCGUCGUGCACAGGCUCAACACGAUCGGCGCGCGACGGGGAGGCCCCGGGGGGACGGCCGUGGCCGGCGUGCCGGGCGCCGGUCCCGCGUGCCAGCGAGAGGGCGGCGGCGGCGUCGUCGGCGGCACCGUCGGCGGCGGCGGAAUUCAGGGACGACCGGCCGGGGGCACCAUGGCAGCGGACGCCAGAGGGAGGACGUGGCCCGGCUCGCUGUGGCUCGUGUACGGCUCGCUGAUGCAGCAGGGAGGGGAGCUGGUGCUGAUGUCGGUGUCGGCGCGGGUCAUGGUGGCCGUGUGGUGGUUCUUCACGCUCAUCGUCGUCUCGUCCUACACGGCCAGCCUGGCCGCCUACCUCACCCUGUCGCGCCUCACCAGCCCCAUCAGUUCUCUGCAGGAGCUGGCGAGGCAGACGGAGAUGUCGUACGGCACGGUGCUGCACUCGAGCCUCUACGAGCAGCUGCGAGCGCGCGCCGCCAACCCCGUGGGGCCUGAGCACGGCACCUACGCCAAGCUGUGGGAGGCCGUGAGCCGCAACAACGGCUCCGACAACUGCGUGCACAACCUGGACGAGGCCGUCCACCGGGUGAAGCGUGGGAACUACGCAUUCGUGUGGGACACGGCGGUGCUGGAGUUCGCCGCGCUGUCGGACGGCGACUGCUCGCUGAGCGUGCGGAACGUCCACUACGACAAGGGCUACGGCAUCGCCCUGCAGCACGGCAGCCCCUACCGGGACGCCUUCUCACAGCGGCUGCUGGAGCUGCAGGAGAGUGGCGAGCUGGAGGCGCUGCGCCAGAAGUGGUGGCCUCGGCGCGGGAAGUGCGACCCGUACGGGCCGGGCCUCCCCCAGCAGCGGCCCCCGGGCCUGGAGCUGAGCAGCCUGGCCGGGGCCUUCGCCGUGCUGGCCGCGGGCCUGCUGCUGGCCUGCCUGCUGGGCGCCUGCGAGGCGUGCUGGCACCGGCGCUCCGGGAACCUGUGCCCGCCAAACGAGGACAAGGAGCUGGAGAUGGAGCAGGUUCACCCCCAGAUGUCGUCGUCGUCGUCGGGCGGCGGUGGCGGCGGCGUCGGCGUCGUCGGAGAGCGCGGCAUGCUGGACGAGGGAGUGGUUGGCGGAGGCGGCAUGCACAAGCCCUUCUCGCUGCCCUCCAUCGAGAUGCUGGCGUGCGAGGUCGGCGCACCGCGGGACUACCGCUCCCUCGCCAUGCCCGUCAACUCCUUCCUGCCCGAGCCUCAGCGCAUGCCGCCCGGCAUGGCGAUGGCCGGGCCCGAGUCGUCGUCCCAUCACCAGCACCACCAGCACCACCAGCACCAACACCACGUGCAGCAGCAGCAGCAGCAGCCGCCGCUCGUCCUGAAGCACCGCGCGCCCAACGGGGGUCUGCAGAGGCAGCAGCAGCAGCAGAGUCCGCUCAAGUCGCUCGGCUCCGGUCGCGUCACCUUCCAGGCUCCGAGCGGAUACAUCCCCGAGCAGUCGUGCGAGACGAUGAGGGGCACCUCGAUUUGACGCGGAGCCACGGCCGGACCCGGGUAGCGGCCUGCUUCUCGUCGUCACCGAGGGACCCACCCCCACCCACCCCCCUGCCCCCACAUCCCAGCCCCCCCCCCCUCCCUCCACCCACUCGAUCUCCCGUGGCGGACCUCGCGAGAAGCGCCGGCCGCUUCGCGACUUGUCACCGAGUCGAAGUCGAAGAAGAAGAGUCGUCGACGAGGCCUCGCGCCACGAGCCUCGUGCGGAUUGAGCUUCGUGGGGGCGGCGGGGGGUGGGUGCAGGGGGGCAGUGGUGGAUCGGUGUGGUGGGGGGAGGGCGUGGGAUGUGGAUGCGACCGCGAGGAUUCUCGCUCGUCUUUUGAUGGCCGGCUACGUAAGGAUGAAUGAUUCCGUUUACCGAUAACUCUGUCCGCGACGAGCUCCACCGCCCAAGCAAGCUGUUCCCAAGCUGGAAUGUAUGGAGGUACUCCCCAACGCAAGAGUCAAUCCUUACAAGCAAGCAAGCAAAAGAAUGAGAGAGAGAGAGAAAAAACACAAGCGUAAAAUGUAUGUACAUAUUAUAAAACGAUGACAAUGUUUCAACUGAAUUUCAUACGGCUUUCAUACGCAUCCUUCACCGCGAGGUUUACUAAGGAGAGCACAGCGUCUGCGGCGAAUGAGAACGGUGAAUAAUUUAUGUAUAAAAAAAACGACGUGAUUAGUGUAAGUAGCUAUUUUCCUUGUGCGGUGUGAGUCUCCCUGUAUUUUGAACGACCGGUUGUGUUCACCAUCAGAUGUGUUUAAUGGAGAGGGGGAAAAACAAUACGAUGUUGUCAAGACGACGUGUACAGAAAUCAUUUCAUUGAAUAAAAAAAACACACACACAAGCUCUGUCAACUCAUUUGGAGCUCCAGUCACGUGAAAUAAAAGAUCCUUGAACUUUUAUGUUAAAAGGGGGAAAAAAAUAUAUAUUUAAAACAGACUUGGAAAAAGCAUUUUUAAAAGACCAUGUAACUGUGUGGUUUAUUCCAACAAUUGUCCAAACGUCGGCGUAGACUCUUGGACGACCGUGUCGCCCUUGUGAAAGAACUUCUUAGCUCAAUGGGAUUGACUCGGCAAAUCAACCUCUGGUUUUCGUCUGCUGCACAGAGGUCGCAAACGGGUUUUGAUUCCUUACCCGUACCCGGCCGCACUAGGGUCGCAAACGGGUACCCGUACCCGGCCGUACCCAUCGGGUACCUGAUUGCGACCUCUGGGAUGAAACCAUGUUGCAGGCGCGGGUGGGUUGAUUCUAGGAACUUGAAUUGUGAGAAGAGACAAGACGUUGGGAAAUGAGUGACGAACAGUUACUCACCAGUGACUCACGGUCUACCCGUACCCGCCGCACCAGGGUCGCAAACGGGUACCCGUACCCGGCCGGGUACGGGUAGCCAGGUAUCGGGUAGGGUACGGGUAUCGGGUACCCGGUUGCGACCUCUGCUGCUGCAUUAGGCGGUGACAGAGAAUGACUGCCGAAGAGACGAGACUCAAGUCUCCCGACAGGCUGUGCGAUUGUCACGUGACCGUGAAGCCCCAUCAGCGUGAUAACGACUCUUAAGAUGUGGAGUGUAGCCCAAUUGAGUGAAAAGCCCAAAAUUCGGGCGUUGGUACGUGUCUGUUGCAUUUGCGGCUGGGCCAGGAAAGGAGAACCCAGUUUAAAAGCCAAACUCAAAGGGGCCGUCCAUAAAUGACGUCACGCGAUUUUGGACGAUUUUUGA